AUGAGUACCGGUGCACCAGAUGGAAAUGAAUCGAUUGAUUUUGCUGCUGCUGAAUCCACACUAGUUGAUGAAAACACUUCGGGGUCUCCUACUCAACGUUGUACAUCCCUUCCACAUUCACAACUAUUUGGUUCUAAUCAAUCGUCUGAAAGCCGUUGCAAGGAUUUUUGGGCUCAUAUCGGGUACAAAACUGAGCCGCCAGGAACGUUGCUUAAAUGGGCUGCUCAGCUAGAAUUGGAAUCUGGUUCGUUACAUGAAAUGAUUGCGACAUUGACCAAGUCAGUGGCGACUAAUCAGGAUGCUGUCGGCAGAUGUGACCAGACCAUGCGCAAGUUGGCCCUUAUGGUAGAGACGGAGUUUCAGCGUAUUUCUAGCCUUGUUGAGGAAACGAGAAGAUUGGUGGAAUUGAAACUGUCGCCGUCAACUGCCAAUGAGUCGCAAAAAUUGGCGGAUUGUGUUGCACAUAGGUUAUUGGAAGAUCAAGUGUUUGGCGAUGAUGAAAAGUCCAUCAAAUUCGAUCGGCUAGAAAGAGGUAUUGUUCAUCAAAGUCGGGGCAUCAACGAUAUCAAGCGCCAGCUCGAUCUGAUUCAUCGCCGAUUGACGCAAUUGGAGUCGAACGGUGCUGCUACUGAUGAGGAGGAAAUGUUUGUCGAGCCAUCUCCUAUAAAUAGAAGGCGUACAAUAGCCUCCACCGAGAUUCAGCAGGAGAGUUUGAGCAAGCUUAGUCGUUCAAGAAAGAUGUCUCUCUACUAG